AGGAAGGAAAAAAGGUAAAAUUUGGAUGGAGGAAAAUGAAUGGGAGGCGAUUCAAUUUCCGACGAGCUCCACCGGAGGUGAUUCCACUCAAUCAGAAGACGACGUCGUAUUAGUCAACAAUGUUUUCCCACCCACCAAUCACGAGGGUCUACCCCCAUCCCACCAUUUUUAUGAACCAAUUCCUGCCACGUCAUCUCCACCACCUCCCCUUCCUUCACCACCAUCUUAUUUAUCGUCGUCGUCAUCUUUGACCCCAUCUUCUUCUCCUCCUUCAUCUUUAUCUGGAAUAAUUGAAGAAGAAGAUGAGGAAAUUAGGUUGCCAUAUCAACAGGAACCGGAAACUCCGGACCGUUCGGGAAUAUUGAGGUUUGUUUCUGGGAUUUAUGGCAGAUUUGGUGUUUGGUCAUUUGUGUCGGUGGUUGCUGUUGUGUUCGCGGCGUCCUAUGCAAGGCGGUGGCAGCGGUUGCGGUCGUCACGGAAACGACUUGAAAAGGAAAAAAUGGAUCAAAUGAUGCUUCUCAUAAAUCAGAAGGAUGAGAAAAUCAAACAGCUUCUCAUCCAAAUUAACCAAAUGAACGAAAUAUUGUCAGCUCGAAAGAGAGUUCCAGUGCAUCGUAUUGUGGUUGAUCGCCCAAUCAUGAACAGGCCAACACUGGACUGGAAACCUACAUGACCUGUUGUUUCGCGCUCAUCUUCUUUGUUCAUUCAUAAGUAUCUCUUUGCAAGCAUAUUCAUUUGCUUGCCUCUGUGAUGCAGCUAGUGUUCUCGGUUUGAGUUAUGAGUUUGUGUCUUCUUUACAUAUAUAAGGUAUAUAUUUUGGAAAUUGCUCAUAUUUGUGAAAUACUUGAGCUAUUUGUAUAGACAAACUAGAAAUUUGAGACUAUGGCAUUUGAUCUUUCUGCGUAUUGUAAA